AUGGGCAUGAAAGGGUUGCUGCUCUUGUCUGUGGCCUUGGCUGGAGCUGCAGGAGCGUGGGCAGACAACUGCGGAGUCCCCAGUGGGGCUGCACCACUGUCAGAUGGCAUGUGGCAGCAGUGGCACAACAGACUUUCCGCCCAGAUCCAGCAACAAGACAGCCCGGACGGGGGCAUUGAUCUAUUGUUCUAUGGUGACUCAUUGACCGAGCUGUGGCGGGGCACUGCCUGGGGGUACAACUCCCGAUUGGGUGGUGGAAUCCCCGCAGUUUUCAGCCGCUACUUUGGCCAGUACAGAUCUGUCAUCUGCGGUUCUGGAGGGGACACGACAGCAAAUCUGUGGUGGCGAAUGCAGAACGGGGAGCUGCCGAGAAACCACCAGCCCAAGCUGGCAGUGGUAAUGAUCGGCGCGAAUGACCUGACGGCCGCGUAUGUGCAGUGCGGCACCUGGAAUUCCAGCAGCUACUACAACGCUGCUGCCAGCAUUGCACAACAGGUGAGCGGCAUUGUGGGGACGAUUCAUGCCAGCUGGCCGGGCACAAGGGUGAUUGUGAUGGGCAUUCUGCCAAGGGGCACGAGUUACUGGGACGGGGGGUCUGCCAGCCGCACCUGGCCCAACGUGCUCACUCCAGCCAUCAACGCACUGAACAAUGCCCUGCAGCAAAUGGCAGCUAGCACGUCGAUGACGAGCUACCUGUACUGCGGAGCGGCCUUCAGCAGCGGCAGUGGCCUGAGCAACCUGCAGGACGGCCAGCACCCCAACGUGACCGGCUAUGAAUCCCUGGGCCAGUGCCUGCAGCCUCUGGGAACAGUGGAGGCAGCAGCGGCAAUGGAGGAGGGUCAAAUGGCAGCAGCAGCAGCAACAGUGGAAACAGAGGAAAUAGUGAUAACGGCGGUGGGGGCAAUAGCCGGAACAAUAAUGACAAUAAUAAUCGUGGAGGACCGGGGGGUCCCGGGGGACCGGGAGGGCCCGGUGGUCCAGGAGGCCCGGGGGGCCCCGGCGGACCGGGGGGUCCUGGCGGGCCGAAUGGUGGGGACCCGGGCGGAGACAGCGUCAACUCGUGAGAAGUUGGUCUUGAAUGAAGAGGCAGUUUGGUGCUGA